CCCGCGUCUCGAGCAGCGUGACCCCGGGGCAGGGACCAGGGUCACAGAUGGUGACAUGUAGUCACCGCCGGGGCUAACCUUGGAACCUGGGCGCGCGGAAAGUUUGGGGCUGGGCGCCAUGGCGAAGAUCAGCUCCUUGAAUGUCCGCGUGGUGGAGGGCCGCUCGCUGCCUGCCAAGGACGUGUCUGGGAGCAGUGACCCCUACUGCAUAGUGAAGGUGGACGACGAGGUGGUGGCCAGGACUGCGACUGUCUGGCGGAGCCUGAGCCCCUUUUGGGGCGAGGAGUACACGGUGCACCUGCCCCUGGACUUCCAUCAUCUGGCCUUCUACGUGCUGGACCAGGACACAGUCGGGCAUGAUGAUGUCAUAGGCAAGAUCUCGCUGAGCCGGGAGGCGAUUGCUGCAGACCCCCGAGGGAUCGACAGCUGGAUCAACCUGAGCCGCGUGGACCCGGAUGCAGAGGUGCAGGGGGAGGUCCGCUUGGCCGUGCAGAUGCUGGACGAUGUGAAGGGCCGUUGCCUCCGCUGCCAUGUGCUCCAGGCCAGGGACCUGGCCCCGCGAGACAUCACUGGCACCUCUGACCCAUUCGCACGUGUGUUUUGGGGUAGCCAGAGCUUGGAGACCUCGAUCAUUAAGAAGACACGCUUCCCACACUGGGAUGAGGUGCUGGAGCUGAGGGAGCCGCCUGGAGCGCCGGCCCCACUGCGGGUGGAGCUCUGGGACUGGGACAUGGUGGGCAAGGAUGACUUCCUGGGUAUGGUGGAGUUCUCCCCUCAGGUCCUGCAGCACCACCCACCCAACGGUUGGUUCCGCCUCCUGCCAUUUCCCCAAGCUGAGGAGGAUGCUGGGGGAAGCCUGGGGGCGCUGCGGCUGAAGGUGCGCCUGGUGGAGGAUCGGGUCCUGCCUUCCCAGUACUACCAGCCGCUGGUGGAGCUGCUCAUGGAGUCCGCGCUGGGGCCGGCGGAGGAGGACACGGCCAGCCCCCUGGCCAUGCUGGAGGAGCUGGCCCUGGGGGACUGCCGCCAGGACCUGGCCACCAAGCUGGUGAAGCUUUUUCUGGGCCGGGGCCUGGCUGGGCCCUUUCUUGACUAUCUCACCCGGCGUGAGGUGGCCCGGACGGCCGACCCCAACACUCUCUUCCGUUCUAACUCACUGGCGUCCAAGUCAAUGGAGCAGUUUAUGAAGCUUGUGGGUAUGCCCUACCUGCACGAGGUCCUGAAGCCGGUGGUCAGCCGGGUGUUUGACGAGAAGAAGUACAUGGAACUUGACCCGUGCAAGAUGGAGCUGGGCCGCACGCGGCGGAUCUCCUUCAAGGGUGCCGCCUCCGAGGAGCACGUGCGGGAGACCAGCGUGGGGCUGCUCACUGGCUACUUGGGACCCAUCGUGGAUGCCAUCGUGGGGUCCGUGGAGCGCUGCCCAUCUGCCGUGCGCCUGGCUUUCAGGCAGCUGUACCGGCGUGUGGAGGAGCGAUUCCCCCAGGCGGAGCAUGAGGACGUGAAGUACCUGGCCAUCAGCGGCUUCCUCUUCCUGCGAUUCUUUGCACCAGCCAUCCUCACUCCAAAGCUGUUUGACCUCAGAGACCACCACGCGGACCCCCAGACCAGCCGCUCACUGCUGCUGCUCGCCAAGGCUGUUCAGAGCAUCGGUAACCUGGGCCAGCAGCUAGGCCGGGGCAAGGAGCUGUGGAUGGCCCCCCUGCACCCUUUUCUGCUGCAGAGUAUCUCCAGAGUGAGGGACUUCCUGGACCGGCUGGUGGACGUGGAAGAGGAAGGGGAGGCUGCUGGUCCAGCCAGGGCCCUGGUGGCGCCCUCGGUGACGGUCCGGGAAGGUUUCCUGCUGAAGCGCAAGGAGGAGCCCGCCGGCCUGGCCACACGCUUUGCCUUCAAGAAGCGCUACUUCUGGCUGAACGGGGAGACCCUGACCUACUCCAAGAGUCCGGAGUGGCAGGUGCGCUCCUCCAUCCCCGUGUCCCACAUCCGUGCUGUGGAGCGCGUGGACGAGGGCGCCUUCCAGCUGCCGCACGUGAUGCAGGUGGUGACGCAGGACGGGGCGGGGACGCUGCACACCAUCUACCUCCAGUGUAAGAACGUGAAUGAGCUGAACCAGUGGCUGUCGGCCCUGCGCAAGGCCAGCGCCCCCAACCCGGACAAGCUGGCCGCCUGCCACCCAGGUGCCUUCCGUGGGGCGCGCUGGACCUGCUGCCUCCAGGCCAAGCGCUCAGUGCCUAGAAGAGGCCUCUGAGCCUCCAGAGGGUGUCUCUGAGCCAGCCUCAAA